AUGAAAACCUUUUUUUGUAACCGAACGGUUGAUAAAAGUGAAAUGAAACGUUUAAUUAAAUGGGUUUUACUUAAUUACGGAACGCAAAAAGCUACCCGUUUUGUCGACCAUUUAAAAACACUAGGAUUUCAUUCCGCUACACUGGCGGGUAUUUCAUUAGGUAUUGAUGAUUUACGUAUUCCACCAGUAAAAUCUGUAUUUUUGAAAAAUGCAGAAAAAGAUAUUUUAGAUAAUGAUCUACGUUAUACCCGUGGACAGAUUACAGCGGUAGAGCGUUUAGAAAAAGCUCUGGAUAUUUGGAACACUACAAACGAUACAUUAAAAAAUGAAGUAAUUGCUCACUUCCGUGAAACUGAUAUUUUUAACCCUGUAUAUAUGAUGGCCUUUUCUGGAGCACGUGGAAAUAUUUCACAAGUACGUCAACUUGUUGGAAUGCGUGGUCUUAUGGCUGAUCAACAAGGACAAGUUUUAGACUUUCCAAUUCGUCGUAAUUUCCGUGAAGGUUUAACUGUAACAGAGUAUAUGAUUUCAUGUUAUGGUGCACGAAAAGGGUUAGUUGAUACAGCUUUACGUACAGCCAAUUCAGGGUAUUUAACACGUCGUUUAGUAGAUGUUGCUCAGAGUGUAAUUAUUCAACAAGUAGAUUGUGAAACAACUGAAGGUCUUGAAGUAAUACCUUCUGAUAAAAAUGAAUAUGCUAAUAUUAUGGGUCGUGUUUUAUUACAGCCCGUAGUUGAUGAACAAACUGGAAAAUAUUUAGCUCGUAAAAAUACAGAAAUUUCACCUGCACUUGCAGCUCAACUAAUUAAAUUACCUAAAGUUGUAGUUCGUUCUGCAUUAACAUGUCGUUUAAAUUCUGUUUGUCAGCUUUGUUAUGGUUGGGAUUUGUCGAAACAUCGAUUAGUCCAAUUAGGUGAAGCUGUUGGUGUACUUGCAGCUCAGUCAAUUGGAGAGCCUGGAACACAACUCACAAUGCGUACAUUCCACACUGGUGGGGUAUUCGCAGGUGAAGCCACAGAAAAAGUCUAUGCACCUUAUUCUGGAGUUAUUUCUUAUAGUGGUACACCACGUGGUCGAAAAGUUACAACACGAUUUGGGGAACCUGCAUUUUUAACGGUUGUGCCUGUGUCGAUUAAAAUUACGCGACCUGAGCGAUCCAAAUCAGUAAUUCUUCAAUUUCCAGCAUUUACACUUCUAUUUGUUUAUCCUGGUCAAUAUGUAAUGUUUCAUCAAAGUGUUGCUGAGUUGUCACGUAUUGAUGCCGAUUCACAAUUACCGGAAACAUCUGGUGAUAUGAAAGUUGUUGAAAAGCAACUUCUUGCGCCUGAUACGGGUCAGAUUUAUUACAAUAAAAAUACUGCUUUUAUACGUAGUCGACAGAGUAGUAGAGCUUUAUCAAACAAAUCAGUAAAUCAAGUACCAAAAGUUUUUGCUGGUUAUGGUUUUAUUUGGAUUCUUUCUGGCUUAUUAUUACGUAAUAAUUUAAAUUACCGUGGAGAUUAUUUCCAUAAAACAUUUCAACCGUUUACUUUUAAACCAAUUGUUGAUCAGAAUGGUUUAAAUAGUCCUCCUAGUGAUUCAUAUCAAGCAGCAGCAGAAAAAUUAUUAAAAUAUCAAGGUCUUUCUUCACGUCUAAAAGUUACACCUUUUGCUUCAUAUAAAACAGUUUAUAAACAACAACAGCAAGCAUUUGCACAAAUUGAUCAACUUGUUGGUUUAAAAAUGAAGUUAACUCCAUCUCAACUUUUUGCUAAAAAUCGACAGAAAUUGGAACUGCCGGUUUAUACUAAUAUUAAUUUUUUAACUGCAGAAACGUUAUCAAAAUUCGAUGGUUAUACUGAACUUAUUCCAAGUGACCGUAAAUUAUUUGGAUCUUCUUUAGUACUUGAUAUUUCAAUUAAUUCUAAGUUGGUAAAUUGGUUUACAGCUCACAAUAAAUUUGGGUUUGCUUAUGAUGUAUCGAAUCAGAACUCAGAUUUAAAUAUUGUGACAUUAAAUUCUGAGCAUAAAUCAGUAACUAGACUUUGGAAACUUUCAAAUUAUCCAACAACUGGCUUUACUGUACCAGUGGAAUAUAAUGUGAAUCUGGUUAAAACCACUGGUAAUUAUCAAAUUUCACUUAUUUCUCCUACUUCUUCUUCUAAGAGUAAGCAGGCUCUUAAGUCAGCUUGUUUAAAUGUUUUUGCCCAUAAAACUUUUGGACUUUGGCGUAAUAGUUGUUUACGAAGUAUUCGAAAAAAAGGUUUAAAAGAUUCUAGUUUACGAAUUAAACUUGGAAAGUCAUGUUUUAGAGUUAGUACAAAUAAGUCGUUAGUCCGUAAUACGAAUAUUAAUAUUCCCCUAGAUAUUGCUAAUGAUUUAUUAAUUAGUACAAAUUCGCAUAAAAAUGAAUCUGUAAAUUUUAAUGCAUCAGUUUCACUAGUACAGCCAUAUAAAGAUGCUUCACAAAUUUGUCAAACAGGACCAGUACAAGAUUUAGUACAAACUAGAGUAAUAAACGCUAAUAAUGGUGAUCAUUUCUUAAAUUGGCAAGAAGUUUGUAAACGUUUGCUAUCUACUAGUCUAAGUAUUAAAUCUAGACACGAAAAGCCAAAUCGUUUUCCAUUAGCAAGUAAUCUUAUAACUACUGGUUCGCCAAUCUCACAAAAUUCUUUAGAGUACCAACUUCCAAUGGAAGUUUAUUCAACACAAAACGGUACUUUAACUGCAGCUAAUAAAAAUUUGAAUUUUUACUAUGGAUUAGAGGGUGAAAUUCGUCUGCCAGGUCUUGCUAUUACAAAACAAAAUCAGCAUGGAUUUAAGCGUUCAGGUGAAAAAUGUUUAGUCGUGCUUGGUCAAUAUUUACGUGUUGGUGAUGAAUUAAUGCCAGGGAUUCGAACACCUUAUGGCGGACAAGUAAUUCAUAUUGAUGAAACAUCAAUUAUUUUACGUCGUGUCUACUCAUAUGCAAUGUCAAGUGGGUCAUCAUUAUUAGUGGACCAGGGUCAAUUAAUACAAAAAGAUGUUUCUUUUGGGACACUUCUUUCAUUUGAAUCGGAUGCUGGUGAUAUUGUUCAAGGGUUACCAAAAGUUGAUGAAUUAUUAGAAGCUCGAGAACCUGUCGAGAAAAUUGCUUCCAGUAUGCAUGCACAAUUAGCAACACUUUUCUUAUUUUAUUCAAAGACAUAUGGUUUACGUGAGGGCUGCCGUCGUAGUCUUCAAGAAAUUCGUCGUAUGUUAGUGAAUGAAGUCCAAGCAGUAUAUGGAUCACAAGGUGUGUUUAUUUCUGAUAAACAUAUUGAAAUUAUUGUUCGUCAAAUGACUACUUAUGUUUUAAUUACUGAUCCAGGUGAAACAAAUUUAUUACCUGGUGACGUAAUUGAUUUACGUCGUGUAGAACAUUUUGAAGCAAAGAAAGGAUCAAAUCCAGUACAAUAUCGUCCAAUUUUACUUGGUAUUACUCGUGCAUCUUUAGCUGCAGAGAGUUUUAUCGCAGCUGCAAGUUUCCAGGAAACUAAACGUGUUUUAACGCGUGCUGCUGUCGAAGGUCAAAUUGAUUGGUUAACUGGACUUAAAGAAAAUGUUAUUUUAGGUCGUCUUAUUCCUGCAGGAACAGGUCUUUAUGUUUAA